AUGUUCUAAAAUUCUCUCAAACACUCUAAAAGCACAGGAGAUAUCAGAAAUUAGAAAUUGGUCUCAAAUUAAAGCGACCCUAUAUAUGAGAUAAUUGAUAAUAGACUUAAAUCAUAAAACGGAGAUAUUUAGAAAAAUUGUUUAUUAUAAUUGGAAGAUCAAAAAGUUAAUCAUUCUCAACUUGCAAAUAAACAUUUUAGAGUGCUAUCUAGUCAAAUAUUCUAAAGCUUAUUUGAUGAUAUCUUUGAUGAUGACUAAGAACCAAUUGAUUAAGUAGAAUCAGGAGAUUAUCCUAGAGUAGUUGAGGCAACGAAUUAAGAUUACUAGAACCCAGAGUUUUAAGAUAUAUAACUGGAGCCUUCUUUAAUAAAUGAAUCCAGAUUAUUUAUUGCCCUCUCUCUUCAAAUUGUAUGUGUUAUCCUAACGGUUAAGUACAACCUUUUAGAUACUAUCAACAUGGAGUAAAGAGAUUUCUUUAUCUCCUCUGAUAUAAGAACUAAGAUUUACGAUACUGAACAAGCCAUAGAAAAAGAGGUUUACAAAAAUAUUACAUCUGUAUAUGAUCAAUAUCUUUCAGUCCAGCAAUAGCUUAAAGAAGGUCAAAGCAUGCCAACAAUUUUGGAGGAUCUUGAGAAUAAGCAGGGCUAUGAUUUAAGUCAAUUUAAAAGGAUUCUAUCAGAUUCUUUGGGCGAUUCAGUCUCAGUCAAAGAUAAGAGUAUUGUGUCUUCUAAAUACUCUGUAUAGGUAUUUUACAAAUGCAAAACUGAUUGCCAAACAGUAUUCACCCCUAAAAAUAUCUUAAAAUCCCUUGAAUUCGAGGAAAAACUCUCUAGCUCAAAUGAGUGGAAUAAAGUAUGCUACAACGCAGAUAGUAAUUCUUAGAUAUGUCCUGACUCUUCACUCAAGUCUAUUUUUGCAGGAAACAGUUAUAUUAAGUAAAAUCUAACCUAAGAAAAAAUUAAUGCUUAUUUACAGAUCAAAUCUUAAGAUUUAAAUUGGCUAAGGACGAAUAGAGAUAUUAUGCAGAAGGAUUUUUCUGGCAAUAGUACAUAGUCAAUAAUAUUCUCAAGCAUAUUUUAUGCUGGAGAACCUAAUUCUAAUCUACCUUUUAUUAAUAAAGAGGACAUUAGGGAAGCUCACUCAAAUAUGUUGGCUUUUGGUGAAUAUGCCUUUAAUAUAGCUAGAAACUAUUAGACAGAUGAUUUGGAAGUUAUUGCUAUCAGCUUAGAAAUAGGGCAAUAAAAAUUACUAGAUAAAAUAAAAGCAGAUAUGAAACUAUGCUUUAUAUGUUUUGCUGUUAUUUGGCUUUAUGUUGCACUCAAUUUGAAAUCUCUGUUCCUAAGCACUGUGGUAAUGAUUAAUAUUGGAAUUGGAGCUGAUAAUUCCUUCUUAUACCAUGAAACUUGGAUUAAAUCUAAGAAGUUAUCUACUGAUAUAAGUAAAAGAGUGGCUAUAACAUUUCAAAAAGGUUCAAAAGCUAUUAUAGCUACAUCAAUUACAAAUCUAGUGGCUUUCAUCGGAACUUGCACUUCAUCUAUAAUGCCAAUAUCGGGGUUUGGAAUAUUUUCGAUAAUAGUUGUUCCUUUUUGUUACUUUAUGAUAAUUUUUGUACUGCCAAGUUAAUAUGUGCUCUAUGAGAAGCAUAUCAAAUAAAUCUCACCUUUAUCAUGGCUUAGGAGAAAACUAUUUAGAAUAUCGAGUAAAUAAUUGGAAAAUAACACCAUUAUUAAAACUUAAGAGCUGGAAACAAAUCUCUAAGCAUUUGAUCUUGAAGAUUUUGAAGAGGAAAAAUCUAAUUAAUUUGAAAUUAAUAAGGAAAAGUUAACAGAGAGUUAAAAAGAACUAAGCUUUAAGAAAAUCAAUGAAGAUGAAGGGAGGAUAUCCUUGGAAAGCAUUUACAGAGGCAGAUUUCUUAUCAUAAGUUUAACAUCAGUGAUAAUUGGUUUAUCAAUUUGGAGAGCUUCAAUGAUCUAAUCUAUAAGCUAUAAUGAAAAAUUUCUUAGUGGGAAAGAUUUACUUUAGAAAGCUUUGGACUACCGCAAUAAUUUACUGUACUCGAAUUAGAAAAUUUAAAUAUACUUCAACUUCGGAAUCAAUAAGGAGCUGAUUAAAAAUGACAAGGUCAGCAAAUGGGAUACAAGAUAUUAAGGAGAGUUAAAAUAUAAUUAUGAUUUUGACAUAAGCAACGAGAAAUCAUAACUUGCUUUAUAUAACUUUUGCCUUAACUUAAGGAACUCUAGGUAUGCUUUAAUAGAUCAAAUCACAGGAAAACCUGAUUUAAGCUGUUUUAUACUGGACUUUCAUAAUUAUCUCAUGAAAAAAGAACUGUAAUUCCCUGUAGCCAAGAAUAAUUUCAUGAAAUCCUUGUUAAAAUGGUUGAUAAGCGAUCCACUAGCAUAAAAUCAUCUUAAAAAUUUAGAGAUUGGAAUUGAUCAAAAGCUCUCUAAAAUAAAUUAUGUAAAAGUAAGAAUCACUAGUAUGGGUGGCACUAAUGAUAAUUAUGAUAAGAAGUAUCCAAUAUACUAAGAUUGGCAGGGCGUAGCGGACUAAUUUAAUCUUAAUUCACCUAUCUAAGUAAAGGGAGUUUUCCAAUCAGCCUAUGAUAACUGGGCAUGGAUAAUUACAGAAAAAGCAUUUUUCUAAAAUGCCUUUUAAGGCCUCCUUAUUAGUUUAGCCUUUGCUUUUGUUGUGAUAAUCGUAGCCACUCAAAACAUCAUUGUAACUCUGCUUGCUGUCAUUACUAUAUCAUGUGUCUUAUCAAGUGUAAUUGGAAUGAUUUAGCUGAUCGGCUGGAAGAUUGGAAUAUCAGAGUCACUUGCAAUGGACUUUUUUGUGGGCUUCUCAGUUGAUUAUAUAGUUCAUGUCGCUAUGGCAUACUCAGAGUGCAGAGAAAUUACGACUAGACGAGAUAAAAUGAAUCAUGCUUUCAGCAAUAUAGGCUUGGCUGUCUUCUCUGGGGCAAUCACAACUAUCAUUAGUGCUAUAUUUCUGCUAUUUACUAGUAUCUUUGUACUAAAAAAGUUUGGAUUACUUAUUAUUAUUACGAUUUUGCUGUCGAUAUUUUACUCUUUGACAUUUUUACCAGCUUGUCUAUAUAUCAUUGGACCAGAGAAGGAUUAAGGAGACAUGAAAAUUUUAAUCAAACGAUUAUACAGAUAUUUAUUAUAUAAAGUGAUAAGAAAAAUACCUAAAUAAAGCAAUAAUAAGGAAAUGUAUAAUGCUAGUGAUCUAGAAGAAAUUAAAGUUAAUACCAAUUGA